AUGAAACAUGAAGCUGAUGGAUUCAGAAAACUCGCAAAGAAUUUGCUGAAUGCUCUAGGUGGCGUUGCCGAGUUGCGCCUCUCAAUCUACGAGUUCCUAUGCGUAGAGAAAGACGGUGUUCACAUACCAGAUUUCACCCACGACUUCUUUCAUGAACACGAUACAGCAGACGUGGUGAAUCUGGUCGCUAUAGAGGAAAUAUCCUGGCCUGAUACACCAGAUCAAGACGAGAAGAAAGCGAUCGUAAAUCGUCGGCUGGCAGCUAUCAGAGAACGUUACAUAUUUGAUCCCAAGCUAUUUGGUUCUCAGAUGGCUCAGGAAGUCACAGAGGCCUUCCUCGAGAUGAACGUACUCCACUUCCGCGAUGCACGAUUUAUGAACGGAUUUAUGAACACACCUUUCCCGUGCGGGUCUGUUCCCAGAGAUCACGUCCGGAAUAUCGUGAUCUAUAUACGAUUUGAAGACUUCCUCGAGAGAGCUGGUUGGGAUGUCCGUUCGUGCCCCGAUACGCCCCAUGAACCAGGCCCGGACUUCAAAUGGAGGGAACACGGUGUAUACAGCAACUUUCGUCGCGACAUCGCUUUCAUCCAGCGUCUUGUAUUUGCCAGACCUCCGGAAGUUACAUUGCUCAUGGUUACACCAUUUGGCCGAUGGGAUGCGAAAGAGCUUGACAAGGAUCGCAUCAACCUCAAUUUCCUAGAGGUCAUACUGCCAACCUACACUCAUCUGAAGAAGAAUGGGUCAACCACGAAAGUCAUUUCUAAGGAGCUUGAUUACUUGACUGACAAGGGCCGGUACCCCCCUGGGGGAGCGGGCUGGAUCCGUCACGAGGAUGAAGACGUCACUUGGCAAGUCGAGAUCGCCGCCGAAGCAUAUGCUCAGCACCACGAAACCGAAGCAAAGCUUACUUCGCCUUCGGACGCGGAUAUGUCUCCUUCGACGAACAUGGCAGCAUUGUCUUCUUUACCAGAGGAGCUGCUCGAUGAGAUCACGGGGUAUACAACAAAACCAAGCGACCUCGCUCAUAUUUCCCUCGCGUCGCACCAGCUGCGACGUAUCGCGAAUGAAAAGCUCUACACCAACCUUACCCUCAACGAGCGCUACUCGGGAAGCUACCACUGCGCGGUCCAACAAGUCUUCUCCUUUGCGCUUGCGCUUCUUCACCGGCCUGAACUAGCAUCUAGCGUUCGCAAGCUCUCGAUGAGUCUUAUAAGAGGGCAGCCAACCUCGCCUCCCAAAUGGUCAUCUGACGACAUCGCUAAAGCACUACGAGUGAUCGACGACAUGGGUACUAAAGGCACUGGUUGGGCCAUCCGUGCGCCAGACUGGAAAGCGCGCUUACUUUCUGGCGACGGCAAAGCUUGUGGUGGUCUCAUUCUCGCUUUACUUCCAAAUCUGGUCGAGCUGGAGAUAGAGAUCCUUGCCACUAUGCCUGACUUUCGUGUAGCGGACGACGAUGUGGAGUAUAACGAACGCAUUGUAUGGUCCCAGCAGCGUUACGCAGAGGAUCCUCUCGACAAACUCUUUGGAAAGCCUGGGUACUAUCUCUUGGAAUUUCUAAAACCCAAAAGCACCGAUCCGAUCAUGUCCUCUCGGAUGAAAGGCAUCCUCAACGCAAGACUUAGGAACCUUGUCAACAGACCAGCUUUGGAUUUAUCCCAGAUCUGUGGUCUCAAGACACUCGAAACUUUGCGGUUCUUCGGCAGCCGUCUUGACAAGACUUGGUGUACUCUGCCGAAGCUGCAGUGCUUAGAGGUCGCGCGAGAAUGCAGGGUCCCCGCUUCAUUCGUCGCUCCUGCUGUUCAUACUCUUCAACUUGAGCUUGCUAGCUGUGUAGCAAAGGAAGUUGAUCACAACGGGGCGCUCCAUGCCGGGUUUCUUUCGGCCACAUCGUUCCCACGGUUGGAACAUCUCUCCAUCCAGCUCACCAACUUCCACUCGUCUGGCGGCUUCUCUAUUGUCAAACCUAUCCUUAAAGACUCCAAGCGUGCAAAGAGUAAUAGGAUGGUUUAUUGCCUUUCUCGGGUUGCGCCUAGCCUCAAAACCCUCUCAGUGAGCGCGUACGAUAGCUUCGACCAAGAGUUCUUGAAGUGGAUGGGGCCGGUCCCCACCUUUACUUCCUUCAAGCAGCUGGAAACCCUUACUAUACCACAAGAUCUUCUUCUUGGCGAUGGUUUUCCGAAUCCUUGCAAGCUUCUUCCUGCUAGUAUACAGGUGAUUGAGCUUCUUCACCCAAGCGUCAAGGCCUUUGCUUGGCUCGACGCGCUCAACAAAGCUCACCACUUCUUCCAGGACCUGAAAGCUGUGUAUUUGAUCUUUGAAAACGCCCAAGAUGACCAGUGCGUCGCGAUGUACGAAAAAUACAGCGAUUGGAUCGCGGGUCGCAAGAUGCACUACGAAGUGAUCCUGCAAUGUCCUCCUGCCGAGCGCGCGAUAUGCGACACAGUACCGGAAGAGGAAAACCCACGAGCCUAUCGAAUAUGGGCACGCGCUGAUGAGGCGAUAAUACCAUCUUUCGACGAUGAAGAAGCCUUUCCAACACUUGUGUCAUUCACCAAUGACUCAGAGGCAGCCCAGAGACGGCAAGCUAGCCACACUUUCCGCAUCUCAUACGCCUCAUGCGCAAAGGAAUGGUAUCGAAAGACACGUGUUGCGACUUCGAGGACCUCCAAACAAGUAGAUAAUGACUCGACCGUUUGA